AUGGCGAUCAAAAUCAUGUGUAUUAUCAGUCUGUUGGUUGGACUAUCUUUAGCUUGCAAUGAUCUAAGAAUCAGAGAUUGGGAUUUAAAUGAUAUAGGACAUGUUCAUGAAAUCGAACAAGGUGAUUUGGUAGCACUUAUAUGUGACGGUACGUGUCAAGGCCCUGGAUUCACACCAUCGUUAAAAUGGCUGCGACCUGGUGGAAGAAAGGUAACAAGCUUUCCUGGAAGAUUGAUGUCAGUGUAUCAAGAAAGUAGAAGACAGAUUAAACUUUAUCUACAAGAUUUCCAAAUGUCUGAUGCAGGUAUUUACACAUGUCGUGGAUGGAUUAAUGGACAAUGGAGAACUCAAUCGGUUCAUCUUAAAAUACCAGAUGAUAUUUCUACUUCAGCACCGCUACCAACAACAGAUGUUUACAUGAGUAUAAUUACACCGAACGUGCAACUUCCGGCUUCGGAUGAGUUUAACAGUGAGGUCCAAUCUCUUUCCUUGUCAGAUGAUAUGGUCGUUUAG